CUCCGCGCCGUUAAAAUGAAACUCUAGUGGCUGGACUCAGGGCAGAGCGUGAGGGGAGCCGGCACUGGCGGGCUUACUUACGGCCCUGCGGGAGCGCCCAGCCGGGCAGAGCUAACUGGACUUUCCGACGGGCCCCCAUCUCGAGGCUGCAGCAGCUUCGGUUCCGAGCUUGACUGGAACGGAGCCCGAGUCCCGGCCCCUGAGGGGAUCGCUCUCUGCAGACCAGUGGGGCCCCCGAAACUUGAACGCAAUACCCACCCCCCCUUUUUAUGCCUUCCUUUGUCACUUCCUCACCUUUCUCCCAGCGCGUUCUUUUUAUCUCCCCCUUUUCAUUCUCCCUCCCUCGAAGGACGCAAAAGUGGCUGCCGAGGAAAGAUUUGGAGGCAGUGGGAGCUUUUCUCUUUGGAGAGCGACAGUGUGGAAGGGAUUUUUGGGAAGCUGCUUUUUAACAUCUCAGCCCUCUGCCUCCACCCCCCACCCCCCGCCCGAAGCCUCCCUGUACCUCUCUGAGGAGAAAAAGCCCGUAGAUUGAAAGUUCGGGGGGCAUUUUGCUGGGUGCUGUAAGAGGAGACGGGGGAGGACCCCAUCCUCGUCCUGGUAGUUGGCUGGACUUGUACCGGCCGUUGGAAACCCAGAAGUAUAUAUCCGUGUGGGACUUUACAGAUCUAUAUUUUUAGAUUUUUAAAUAUCAGAUAAAAAAAUAUAUAUGCUUUCUAUAUAUUUCCUGACGACCUGCCCCUGACAGCGCGAUGUACAAUACGGUGUGGAGUAUGGACCGCGAUGACGCAGACUGGAGGGAGGUGAUGAUGCCCUAUUCGACAGAACUGAUAUUUUAUAUUGAAAUGGAUCCUCCAGCUCUUCCACCAAGCCACCUAAGCCAAUGACUUCAGCUGUUACAAUGGAAUGAAGGACAGUUCUGUUUCUCUUCAGGAUGCAGAAUGGUACUGGGGGGAUAUUUCAAGGGAGGAGGUUAAUGACAAAUUACGGGAUAUGCCAGAUGGUACGUUCUUGGUCAGAGAUGCCUCAACAAAAAUGCAGGGGGAUUAUACUUUGACUUUGCGGAAGGGAGGCAAUAAUAAAUUAAUAAAGAUCUAUCAUCGAGAUGGUAAAUACGGCUUUUCUGAUCCUCUGACAUUUAAUUCUGUGGUGGAGCUCAUUAACCACUAUCAUCAUGAAUCUCUUGCUCAGUACAAUCCCAAACUUGAUGUGAAGCUAAUGUACCCAGUGUCCAGAUACCAACAGGAUCAGCUGGUAAAAGAAGACAACAUUGAUGCAGUUGGUAAAAAACUGCAAGAGUACCACUCUCAGUAUCAGGAAAAGAGUAAAGAGUAUGAUAGGCUAUAUGAGGAAUAUACCAGAACAUCCCAGGAGAUACAGAUGAAAAGGACUGCAAUUGAAGCUUUUAAUGAAACAAUUAAAAUAUUUGAAGAGCAAUGUCACACACAAGAACAACAUAGCAAAGAAUAUAUUGAGCGAUUUCGCAGAGAGGGGAAUGAAAAGGAAAUUGAACGAAUUAUGAUGAAUUAUGACAAAUUGAAAUCACGUCUUGGUGAGAUUCAUGAUAGCAAAAUGCGUCUAGAGCAGGAUUUGAAGAAACAAGCUUUGGACAACCGGGAAAUAGAUAAAAAAAUGAACAGUAUCAAACCUGACCUAAUCCAGCUGCGCAAGAUCCGAGAUCAGCACCUUGUGUGGCUCAAUCACAAAGGAGUGAGGCAGAAGCGCCUCAAUGCCUGGCUGGGAAUCAAGAACGAGGAUGCUGAUGAGACCUAUUUUAUCAAUGAGGAAGAUGAAAACCUGCCCCAUUAUGAUGAGAAAACCUGGUUUGUUGAGGAUAUCAAUCGAGUACAAGCGGAGGACUUGCUUUAUGGGAAACCUGAUGGUGCAUUUUUAAUUCGUGAGAGUAGCAAGAAAGGAUGUUAUGCUUGCUCUGUGGUUGCCGAUGGGGAAGUGAAGCACUGUGUGAUCUACAGCACCGCUCGGGGCUACGGCUUUGCAGAGCCCUACAACCUGUACAGCUCCCUGAAGGAGCUGGUGCUCCAUUACCAGCAGACAUCCCUCGUUCAGCACAACGACUCCCUCAAUGUCAGGCUUGCCUACCCUGUCCACGCACAGAUGCCCUCCCUCUGCAGAUAAAGAGCGAGUGGGAAGAGAGGUUGCUCUCUAGCAUUUUUUCCUACAGUUUUUAUUAGACUAUGAGGGCAUUCUUUCUACGUAGACUGCUUGUUUUGCACAAGAAGUGAUUCUGUGAAUGUGGAGAGGCCGAGCAGCAGCCGGCCGGUUUGGGGCACAAGAGGCCUGAGGAUCUCUGAGACUCAGCUGUGCCGCUGCACUGACAUAGGAAGCUGGAAGCAGAUGAUGUUUUUUGGGAAAGUCUGUUUCAUCGGGUUAUUGUUUUGUUUAGCCAGGCACCCUCAACAGAACAUGUUAGGCUUGAUGGGGUUGAGGUGUUAUAUCUGGAAAUCUCUGAAGAGUCCACGUCCUCUCUUGGUCUUCAUCUCUGAGAAGUGGGCAGCAGCAUGGCUCUGUGGGGAGUUCUGUUUUGAUCUGGCGGUCUCUAUCAACCUCCUCCCAAAAUGAAGGCUGUUUUAGUUCUGUGGUAGAAUGGCAUUUGGUGAAAAAGACAACCAAAGGAAAAUGGGGAGGCUUGGGAUUUCAUUUAGAUAAUCUUAGUCAAGGAGUAAAAACACCUUCAACUGAAGGUACUUUAUUAACUAACAUAAGUUAGGUGUCAACAUCUCAGUAGCUCCUCCCUGUAAAGAAGCAUUAUGUUUAGAAACCAAAUUGAUCUCAGCAGAACAAUGUUUGUUGCCAGACUAACGUCUGAUGGAAGAAGACAGCACUAGUAUCUGAAUGCACACUUCUGUACCAAAACUUGAAAAGAAAACCAGAAUUUCUUAGUUUUAGCAAACACUAAAAUUGGUCAGUGUAAUUCUUUCUGCCCUGCCCUUGUUUCUCAGAGAUGAGGAAUAGUGUUCUUUUGGGGGGCAUGGUGAGCUUUGAAUCAUAAAAUGAAGUUGGUGCUUGUGUGGUGUUUCUUUAGCCUAAAGAAUGAUCUGUUGUUGAAAACCUUUGUAACUUGUUUGUAUGAGUAAAGAAAAGGUGCAAUCCAGUGCUUUUAGAUGGCUUGAUAUACCAAAUAAUGAUAUAGAACAACAGUCUUAUAUGUGCUUCCCUAAAUUUAAAGGCCCUGCAGAAACAGUAAACAUGGUUUAAUUUCCCUUCAUCUCCCUGUCCUUUGUGGGGUAGGGCUUAGGGAAGCCACAGGUGGCAAAGGUUGUAGCAGGAAGGGAGCCAGACUCUUGUCAGGGUCUCAGUAAUUCACAGACCCAGAGGCUCUGGUGUCUAGAGUGAGGGUCCUCCACAUUGCCGGUGUGCUUCCAUGCAGUGGUUUCUGAAACUUUUGUAAAGAGGAAAUAAUGGCUUGGAGUUUAGAGUGUUAGUAAAAGCCAUAUGGAAGUUUUCCUCUUUGCCAUUUUUGUGAGCCUGACAUUAAGAUGAUGUGCACAGACUGUCCUCAUGCUCCAGUGGCCCUGAUUUUAGGCCAGGAAUCUUCUGCUCCAAGUGGUUUAAGCUUUCCAGCUGAGUGAAGCUAGGCGAGUGGGGUUGGAGGCAGGCGUGUACUCCUACCUCCAUCACGCCCCACCCCCAUCAGUCAACACUUAUUCGGCAAAUAGAGUUAAGCUGCCUCUGAGCCAAGGCUGGAACCAUAAUAGGCUCAGAGUGAGUCAGCUGUUUGAGUCCAAAGCUGUGCAGUCAGGCAUCCUGGAGAAGCAGCCAGUAUCUGGGUCUUGGUGCAUAAGGUUUACAGCUAGGAAAGCUCUAGUGAUGGAAUGAAAGAAAGAAAUCCUGCUUUCCCUGAGCACUUAUCUUGGUGACAAGGUCUAGAAUGGACCAUGAUGUAAACAUAGAUAAAAAAUUUUGGAAAAACUUCUAGAGUUACUAACAAUGAGGAUAGGAAGGAAAGGGCCUAUCUUCGGCUUUUCUUUGGUUCCCUUGCAGUUUCAGGAUUAGGCAAGGCAGACAGUUGAGCCCCUCCCUCCAGUGUCAUGUUCUGACUUAAGCCCUUAACUGAAAGCCAGCUGCACAUCUCUUCUCCACAUUGCCAGGGAAAUUGCAGGGAAAUCUUGCUGAGGGUUUUACUGAAUAAUGUCAGACUAGUUGCUGCUGGGUGGCCUUAACACCUGGUGUUGAACCUGCUUAAGCAGUUGGAUGUUCAAGAUUGGGUGCAAAAAAAUCCCUCCUUUCUGGUAUUAAAAUUUAGUGUGUUCUGACCCUCUUUUAAAAUAAAAUGGGAGUAAGGACGCAUGCAUGUGACAUUGAACCAUGUGUUGCUUCUUUUCAGGCAGUCACAAGGGUGCAUGGGGAGGGAGCUAGCCCCAUCUAAUACUUACUACCCUUAUAGAUAAGGGCUGGCUUGUGGAGAAGGACUGUUUUGUUUUGUUUUGUUUUUUGCUCCUAUAUUCCUUCACUUUUUCCUUCCUGUUUUUCAUUCUUGAAAAUUCACAAUUGCUUUUUGGGAACUAAGGCCUAGGGAUCAUUUGAGAAGUUGGAAAAUAUCUCUUCUGACUAGUUGCCAUAUGAUGUGUUUGAUCCCGAGCCAGUGGAAAUGGCAUAGGGGCCAGUCUGCUAACCACAUGGAGGGGGAGAUGCAGCUCCUAUACUUCGUGGCCUUGGUGGCCUUCAUCUGAGUCUAGCUCUGUGUCCUGUCCCAUGAUUUGGGCCCUGGGACUUUCUCUCUUGGCAUCCUAACUGCAGCUUCACUGAAGCAGAGAGUAAAGGAGACAAAGACCAGAGGGGCUCACUGUUUUUCUGGCUAGGACAGCCAGCCACCAGCAUGGAAGCAGCUUGAGGCUGGCUGAACACAGGCCCUCCACCCAAAUUUUCCAGGUGGAGAUUUCAUCAGAGAACAGUGGUCUCUGUCUCUUCCUGAUCAUAGAUGGAAAAUCAUGGCCAGGGCUCAGGACUGUAUAGGCUGUGUCCUUACCACUGAUUUGGCCAAGGUUGGGGACUUCCUACUCCAUCUCCAAGCCGAUGGGACCUCCCACUUACUGUGGACCUCAUGUGCUCUAAAGAAGCAUUGAUAGCCAAUGUGGUGUCUUCCAUAGGUCUCUUUUUGCUGCAAGGAACCAGCCUCAUGGGUCCUCUUGGCCAGGAAUUGCAUCUGGACAAUUCCUGGUUUUCAAGGUGGUCUCUGUUGCCAGUUAAGACUCCAGAGCUGGGCUCUUUGCUGUCACCUGCUCCUUCUUGCUCUAGCUCUAGCCACCUGUGACAAACAACCUUGUUUCCUUACAAAUUCCAGCAUGUGACUUUGGUGCCCUGUUGUUACUUGUGAAAAACCUAUUCUGUUGUCUUUGAUGUAGUCAAAAAAAAAACAAAAAAAACAAAAAAAAAAAGGCCAUGUAGUUUACGUAAAAAUAUCUGAUUCACAAAGAAGCCAACUAUAUGUCUUGUGUUGGGACAGUUCAUAAUGUAGUUCCUAGACCACUUUUGCAAAUUGUUCUUGUCACCAGAUGUGUUCAGACAUUGCUGUGCAGUUGUGGGGUGGGUGGGUGGGGGAAGUGAGGGGAGAUAAUUUUUUGGUCUUUUGUUUUUUUAUCUUCCCCAAGAGGGGACAGUCUGGCCAACUUGCUCCAGUAAUGCAAUAAAGACAUUGCAAUAAA